AUGAUGACUUCUCUGUUUGACAUCAAUGCAGACGAAUUUGUUGGUUUAAUAGCCAGAUAUGUUGAUUCGAUAGUAUUGACUCUUAUAGUCACUUUUGGUAUUUAUUAUAUCUUCGUCAAAGGUAAUAAAAAAAAAUCAGUCCCACCUACUUCGACAAUUCAUGCAUCCAAAUCUACCAUUGAAACUGCACACACGACAGACCAAUUGAAACCUCAGGACGACAAUAUCACUUCUACUGCUGCUACUACUAUUGUUGCUGCUGCCACUGGCAUUGUAACUUCCUUAUCAGUACUUAAUGAUGAAGGGGACGAUCACGACAAAUCUGUGCCCGACUUUUUAUCCGAUAUCUCUACGUCCUCUGUGGAAACAGAUUCAACUGCUGUGGGUGGUGUUACUGAACAGACUUUGGACUCUCCCUCUAUCAAAAAGGAAAAGGAUGCUCUCAUAAUAGCGGACAAAGGUGAUCUUGCCAAUGAAAAAGUGAAUGUUAUGGAACACGAAUGGGCGACUUUGGAUAGCACAAGCAACAACGAAGAGGAAUCCUUGGAAAAUAACGCGACGAAUAACAAAGAUACUACAAUGAAAUCAUCAAAUGAUCUUCAAGAAAACUUGAUGGCACAAUCAGUAGCAGUGACGGAUCAGGUGGAAUUCCAGGAACGACAUGAUAUCAACUUGAACAACGAAUCUAUUGGGAUGAUACUGACUGAUGAUAGAAUGAGCGAUGCAGAAACCACCAGAAAAGGGCAACAGGAGCAACAAUCAGAGGUGGAUCAAGCUGAAGAUGCUGACCAAGUUGAAACGUUCAUCACAAAUGCGAAUGAAAACGACACUACCAAUUGUAUGAGCACUGAAUUAACAACAACAACAACUACUACUACUAUGACUAUUACAGAUGGUGAUAAUGUGGCUCUAUCUUCUAUCAAGAACGAUAUCACGACGGCAAUUCAAAAGGAAAAGGGCGUUAUUGCUUCAACGACGGACGUCAUCAAUGGAACGAAUGACUAUAUGAAUGAUGAAAAUUCAACAAGUGAACGUCACGAAGAAUUGAUGUAUACUGAACAAACGGAUAACAACGAGUCAUUCACACAGAUAAAGGAAUUGCGAUGUUUGCAAGAUGAAACCAAGUCUCUUGAAAACUCAAGUUCUGUCGAGAUGCAAAAGGAUGACAACAGUGAUGAAGCAAUGGGAUUGGCGACAACAUCCGUGGAUGAAGUACAAGUUAUUGGACAAACAGAGUCGAUGGAUAGUAGCGAGCAAUUGGAAUUGGACAAGACGGCUAUUCAAACCGAAUCCCUAGAAGGACAGAUGGAAAAGGACAAUGAUAUAGAGGCAGAUCAUCAAGAGGAAAUGGAUCAGAAGGUACAAACUGUUUUAGUGCAAGUUGCCAAUCAAGGGGAACUUUUCGAUCCAUUAGUCGAUCAGGUGGAACCCAAUAACCAAGUGGAAAAGGCAGAUGAUGUUGACAAGGCCGUUGAUGAUCAGCAAACAACAACAGAUAUGCAGGAAGAAGAUGUCUUGGCAACUGGAUCGGCUAUCAGCGUAUCGACAAAGGAAAGUGAAGUCAACCAUGCAUUGGAUUCUAGUUUCAUGAUACCAGUCUACAACAAACCUAAGCAAGACAUGUCUCGAUUGGAACGUAUUGGUCAACAACUACAACCUUAUAUUCCUCUGUAUAAAUCUAGGUGUGAAUUUUGGCCAGGAUGUACAAACAAUCAUUGCAAAUAUUAUCAUCCCUACAUUGAGUGCAGAAAUGGAAAAACAUGUCAAUUUGGAAAGAAAUGCAUCUUCUUGCAUCCGAACGAUUAUGUGGAUUACAAGAAAAUGAAACAAAAUGGUCAACUCAAGAAAAAGUCGAAGAAGAACAAUACCAAGACAUCUCGUAGGAAGCAACAAGUCAAACCCAAGGACAAAAAUGAACAUAGUAUAGUUUAGUUUCUUCCUGUUCAAUUCAAUACCCCUAAUAGACAAGUCUAUGGGUUCUUCACAUUCUUUUAUAUAUAUAUACGAAUUGCAUUUUUAUUUAUUUUGUUUACAUCAUUACUUGUAUAUAUACAAUAUUCAUCUUCAUUCACUUUUUAUAGAUUUUUCUUUUUUAUAUUCAUAGUUUUCUGAUUCUUUUGAUUCAUCUUUUUUUUUUUUUAAGUCUACAAUACAAUAAAGACUCUUGGGCGAUUCGUUGUAACAUUUUUUUUUUUUUUGAAAAUUCCUCAAUGGAUGAACGAGAUAAAGUGAUGAAAAUACCAAAAUAGUUUUAGUUGUUUGUAAAUGUACGUUGCUUAUUUUGAUUGAUCAUGGCAAACUGAUGAUCAAGGCGAU